UGAGUAGCCAAUAAAAGCGCACUUUGCAACUAAAACCAUAUGGUUGGGGCUUUCCCUGUAUUUAAAUUGGGAGCAUUGGCUAUAAAACAGAUAGGAAAGCCCCUGGCCAACUACCUGAAGCGCAAGGCCAAGACAAAUGCAUUUUUCAGGAACUAUGUGUGCCUGCCCCCAGCGCAAUCAAACGGUUUCGAAAUUCAUUUUGGGUGUUGAUUUCGGAAGCACUCAUGCAUGCGCCAGGGUCUAUACUAUGGAUCUUAAGGUCGUUGGAUGUAGCAGCACUAAAGUACCUCGGCUUGAAAGGCCUGAUGGUGCUUGCGAAUUGGAUCCAGAGGCUGUAUGGGAAUCCUUUUGCAAGCUGCUAGAUGAAGCAUUACAAGAUGCUGAAAUUAACCCUGAUCGGAUCAAUUGUAUAGGUAUUUCUGUUCAGCGAAAUAGUCUGUUGUUGUGGGAUAAGAAGACAUCCAAUCCUCGAACUCGUGUCAUCACGUGGCAAGAUACACGUUCUUUGGAUCUCGCCAAAAAGUUAAAUCACUCUUUUAUCUUUCGUAGUAUGAAAACUGCUGGCCAUAUGUUAUAUUGGAUGACACAUCAGUCAAGGUUUAAAGCGUUGGCGUCGUACCACUUCAAAACAGCAUUAGCAUGUAUACGUCUCAAAUAUUUAUUAAAUGAGAAACCAAAGCUUAUUGAUGAGUGUCGUAAGGGGCUACUUUGCUAUGGUUGUUUGGAGACAUGGUUGCUGUGGCGGCUUACAGGUGGUAAAACAUUUGCUACGGAUGUUAGUUGUGCAAGUGUUACUGGGAUGUAUGAUUCCUUUUCUCGUAAGUGGAGUCGUCCGAUUUUGGCUAGUUUAGGAAUACCUGCCAAUAUUCUUCCUGGUGUAUAUCCUUCCAGUUAUUAUUAUGGCACUGUUCAAAAUGGUCCACUGGGGUAUUCAUCAAACCCUUCUUUGUCUAUUCCGAUCACUGGUAUCAUUGGUGAUGCUCAAGCUGCCACCUUAACAGAAAAUUGUUUAUCUCCUUUUCAAGCCAAACUUACAUUAGGCACCGGGAUGUUCUUAAAUUUAAUUUCUGGUUCUAGAGCUCUAGCCCUAAUGAAUGGAUUUUAUCCUGUUAUUGGAUGGGCAUCGGGGCAGGCAUAUUUUGACUCUGUUCCGACUUUUGAAAUAGAUUCUACUAGCAGUUCUUCAGAAUCUCCAUCAUCAGUACUAUCUACAUCUAGAUCUGUUCAUCUGGAUAAUCUUACUUAUUUAGUUGAAGGUUUCUAUCCGCAUGCUGGUACACUUAUUGAUUGGUUGAAGUCAGAAAAUAUUUUCUCUACAUAUUCUGAAUUAGAAGAAAUACUUUAUAGUGGUGAUCAACUUGGUUUGGAUGAAAAAGCUACUCGUGAAAAUAUCUUCUAUAUCCCAUUACUAAGGAAUACGCUUAGAAAUCAUCAAAACACUUUAGUAGAUGAAAAAUUAAACAGAAAGUCAUUUUAUGGACCAGAUGGAUUAGUAAUCGGAUUGGAUUAUUCAAAGUCUGCUGACAAACUACUUGUUGCACGUGUUUUUAUUGAGUCGAUUGCAUUUUGUACAAAAUUGAUGCUGGAAAAUUAUCGUAAACAAACACUUACAAAAACAAAUUAAUAGGUUUGGUUAGUUCAAGCUAUAUAUAUACAUAUGGAAUUUUGUUCCAAUAAAUGAACAAUCCAUCAGUAAAGACCAAGUUGUUAGUAAAAACGUCAAAGUUGGUAUUUAUGGGAGUUUUUGCAAACUAAUUGGGUCGAUAUUGCUAGGAUACUGGAAAAUAUGAUUUUUAAAAAAUAAUGUGAUAGAAAAUCACAAAAAUAUGAUAAAAACAUCCGUAAGUUGAACUCAUCGAAUGGUAGAUCGUGAAUUAAUCAAUUAUUUACAUUUGUUCAUUUCAGUUACCAAGGUAGUUGAAAGUUAGUCACUGACUCUUUUCAGUACAAACAGCAGUUUUAAGCUUGAUAGCUAUAACCCUCACAAAUCGAACCUAGUCUGUUUAUUAGCUGUUUCAAAUGUAUGGCGUCUAAUUUGUAUCCGUUGCCUAACGGCAAUGUUAAAUGGUCCGAUCAGCUUGGGAAGUAAAAAACCAUAAUCAUUGAUAGCAAAACACAUAAUUGAAACGGGGCACAGAAUUGACAUCAAUACAGCUUUUAGGACGUUGUCUAAAAAUUGUCAAAGAUGAAUUCUCGGGUUUAUUGAAGCCUUGACUAUUCGUAAGUUUAAACAAAAACAAUUUGUCGUAACCCUGAAUUUACCUUGGUAAUCCUUAUGUCAUUUUAUGGCCUAGGGUAAUACGACAAUUUCUUGUUGCUUCUAUAAGAUAUAAGAAAAUUUUUCUCCCCUUUAUUACCUCGAUUACUUGAACUUUCAUUUAACUGACCUUUGUUAAUCUUCAUAUAAAACGCCCUGACAAGUAUAUGUGUGACCAGAUUGUUCGAACUGUGUACUACAAAGAGAUCACAUUUUUUUCAAAUCAGCUCCCUCUUCUCAUUGCUCUAUCGCAAUUUAUGAAAUAGACUAAUUGCUUUAAACAUGUUUUUUUCUCAGAUUUUUCCUCACUUAUUCCUUAGUUGUAUUCAAUACCGUCUACUUCUCUACGCUACCCCACCUAUCUAUGUUUUCUAGGGAACCUGUGUUUUUUUUUAACCGCUAGGUUACGUACCACACUUCGUUCAGACGAUACAUUGCAACUUGAGUUUUUAUUUGUAUACUAACUAAUCUCAUAAGAUCAGUUUAGGCUGAUCGUGAUUUCAGAGUUAUACGCUUGAGUGGAACAAUUUGUGAAUAAUUCAUUAAACUUUUCAUAUUACUCCUAUUUCGCUAAGUUAUUUUCCUACCUUAUCCUUAUUAAAUAUAUUUAUUUUUAUAGUUUCUCUUAUGUUUGCUCAUCACAUACAGAUUCGAAAUUUUUAGUAGUAAACAUUCUAUUCAUUUAUUAUCUUGAAACCCUAUAGAUCCAUAAUUUCUUCCAAGCUAUCUGUUAUUAAGGUGUAAAUGUUUUGUAGUUGAUUGAUUAUCCGACUUUGAUAGUUGAUGUCUGUUGAAAGUAUGUAUUUUAUUCGAAUGCUUAAAAAUUUUGAUCUAUCAUAUCAUUGUAAUAGUGUGGUUUGAGUCAAAAAAAAUUUUUUAACUACGAUCGUCAAGUCACACAAAAUAGACAUUGUAAUCUGUCUGUUUGUGGAUAAAUUAUUAAUAUGCAAACUUGAUAAAUACUAUAUUCUCGUGUUUAAUAUUUCCGUCCUUCCCUCCAGGUAUUUCUCCUUCAAUUCUUUAUGUUAAUGGAAAUGUGGCACGUUCAAAUUGGUUGCUACAGCGUAUGUCUAAUACAAUCGGAAUCCCAGUGGAACGCAGAGGUCUUGAAGAAUGCAGUUGUUUAGGUGCAGCAAUUGUUGCUGGUGUCGGUGCAGGUUUAUGGCCAAGUUUCUUCGCAGCAACUGAUUCUCUACACAAACGACUUCAUUCAGAAGCAAAUAGUCUUCCGUCUGUUGAUAUUAAUGAUGCAAAUCUUAAUAAAAGAAAUAAUAAAUCAAACUCACAUGAACUAUACAGGCGCUUUAUGCCUGAAUCUUCAGAAAUAUGCAUAUCUAUAAAAAAACGCUAUCAUAUUUGGUCUCAUCUACGUGCUUCAUAUUUGCCAAAAACAUCCACUGGUUUAAAACUUGUAUGAAAUAACAAAGUUAUAAUCUUUUACGUUUUGUCGUUAAUUCAUUCUCUUUUUUCUUUCGUUAUUUAGUUACCUGCAAAUGGGUGUUCGUCCGUUUAUUCAUUAUUAUGUAUUUGUAUUUCUUGUAUUUAUAUUUUCCUCUUUUUUGAUAUAUUUUUCCGUUGGUAUUUAUGUUCGUCAUUUCAUUGAAUUAAUAUUUAUCCGUUUUUUUUGUUUUUUUAAUUGUAUUAUUUGCAUUUUUUUAUACAGAUAAAUUUGAUUAUAAACAAAAUAGAUCUUUUACUUUUC